CCUAAGUCCACGCGUGUGAGGAGCGUGAGGCAGCGCCAUGUUUCAAGGGCAGCGGGGCUGGUUCAGUGGCAGCGUCAGCCACGACUUGAGGCAGUUUUGGGUGGCUGAAGGGGGGACUAUCAGUGACCCGAGGGUCGCCGACUUCUUGUUCAGCUGCGAUGCCUCACACCCAGACACGCUGAGAAUAUAUCAGAGUCUUGAUUACAUAGAAGAUAAUGCUACAGUUUUUCACGCCUGCUAUCUCUCUGCUGUAGCCAAUGCUGAAAUAAAAAACUCGGUGGCUUUAGGUCAUUUCAUUCUUCCUCCUGCAAGCCUGCAAAAAGAAAUAAGGAGAAAAAUUGGUAGUUUUAUUUGGGAACAAGACCAACAUUUUCUGAUAGAAAAGUAUGAUGAAGUAACAUCAAAUGAACUAAAGGCCUUUAGGGAAAGCAGUGUACUAGCAACAGAUCACAAGAAAGAAUUAUCCGAAAGCACAGAAAAGCAUUUUAUAAGGACUCCAGUUGUAGAAAAGCAGAUGUACUUUCCUCUUCAGCACUAUCCAGUGAACAACAUGGUAACAGGAGCCGUUGCCGCCGUUGCCGCCGUUGCCGCCGCCGCCUGGCUCGUCGCGGCUCCGCCACAGGGGCAGGGGAAAGCGGGCACGCAGUCCCCCACUACCAUAAAUUACACAGUCGAGUUUCCCCUAUUUGAGGAAAUGGCAGAGGUCAACACACCGGAGUGCAAUGGGUGAGCCUCGCCCUGGGAGAACCACCUUCUUGAUAAUGGUAUCUCCUCUGCCAGGAGGAUGUUGCCCGGCUUCACGUCCCGGUGCACCACGCCCCGCCGAUGGCAGUGCCGCAGGGCUGAGACCAGCUGGCGGAACACGCCUCGGGCCUCCCCCUCGGUCAGGUAGCCUUGGGCGUCCAGCCACAGCAUUUCACCAUGGUUGACAUAAACAGGGGGGAGAGUUCACAAGAUGCAAUGGAAUCAAAUUUUGCACAGGACGGUUUUUGGUCUGCGGCUCGGCUAUGGAUGAGUUUGCUCUUUCUCCAGAUGGAUGGAAGAAGACUGACCUUCUGCCAGCAUGCAACUGUCCCUUUGGGUCACCUGUGGAUGGCACUUAGUGUUCAAGAUACAACUGAGCUUUGUUUACAAGACCAGAAGCAUGGAUAUACUAGGAAGACUUCGCUUCAUUUUAGAUUAUUUUAGGCUGAACGCUGAGCCCUGAACGUUGGAAGGUUGCCUGGAGUCAAAGGACCUGCUUGCUCUCUCUGCUGAGAUGAUCUCAAUGGGGACCCAGGUUCCCCCUCCUACUCUCUAGAAGCUAUCAAACUGAAGCCGCUUCUCAUGGUGAGCUCUGAGGAACCUCAGAAAAGAGAAGAAUACCUGCUUUCCAGCAGCCAUCAGACUGCAGCCACUCCCCACUGUGAUCCCCGAGGAAACUCAGGAAGGAGAAGUCAGGAUGCUGGUCCCAGGUGGUAAGGUGUGUAUCAAAGGGGAUGAUUUCAGUGAGAUGGCUGGUGCAUCUUCCCACACAUAGAAAAGUGCUAAGUUCCUUAACUUUAGAUGCUUCCCCCUGGUUUUGAAGUCCUAAAAGAUUUGUACUGUAUAAAACAACUCUCAACACCUGUAUUAUAAUAUUAUUAUGUCUAUACAUAUGAAGUAGAGACUUUCCAAAGAACAACAAAGACCAAUCUCAACAUUCAGCACACUGGCACCAGUGGUGGGCACUCCCCAAAAGAUGCAACUAGUGGAGCAAUUAGAACACUCAUCACCCCUUUUCUCGUAAGAUUGUGGAAUGGACAUUGACACUGGGGAAUUGUUACAGGGAAGAACAAAAUCUGACUCCAUGUUGAAUGUUUUACUCUAACCUUUGCUUCCUGUUGGUCUGUUUGCUACAGCGAUGCUGUCCAUACAUAAUGGCCUGCCUCAGGAAACCCUCCCCUCUGCCUCUGUCCAGGAACUGUCCACCUGUGGAUAGCUACAGGAGGGAGAAAGUAACACAUCUCCCUCCGAGGCUGGCCAUUCCAGGAGAUAUUUGCCAGAUUAAUGGCCUUUUUACUUUAUUUCCUCACCUCCCAGCUCUGUGUUCUAUAAAAGACACUGGCAUCCAGACCCUGACAAGAUGGUUGCUUUGAAAUACUAGUCUGCUAUUUUCUCAAUCUGCUGGCUUUCCAAGUAAAGUCAUAUUCCUUGCCUCAGCACCUCAGCUCUGAUUUAUCGCCCUGUUGUGAGGCAUGCAGAGCUAGCUUGGACUUGGUAACAAUCCCACAUGCCAUGCAGUCAAAAAAUCAAAACAUAAAAUGGAAGCAAUAUUGUAACAGAUUCAAUAAAGACUCUGAAAAUGGA